GUAGACCGACAGGGAUUGGGUCUAGAGCGUCUUCGAGAGUCGGAAGGAAGGAUAUCCUGUACCAGGUAGGGGCCAGAGGGUACGAGAAGUAGCCGUGAUAGUACGUGAGAUGAGGGCUGAAAGAAAGGAAACGAACACAAGAACGGAAUCUACUAUGUACAUCUGCACGCAUCGAGUCUCUCCGCUCUAUUGGACUGCCACAUUGCUUUAGGAGGGUAGCGGCAAGACCAACUGCUCCGGCUAUCGGAAGGAUGCAUUGGCGGUGCGCGUGCAGUCGACAGGAAUGAACCGCUGCAGCUUCAAGGAAUGUGACUUGCAGACUGCCUCUAUGCUGAUGGUGUCCAUAUUUGCGUCUGACCUAUCAGGCGUGGCUGCCGGUGACGAGUACAUGAUGAGGUAUGUGGCAAUAAAAAAGCCGCGAACAGGCCUGCGCUACGAGGGAAUCAGUCUUCGGUAUCGCAUAACACGGCACCACCCCAUCAUGGCCACGGGGAUGCCUGAAUGUCAAGUGACGGGACCGGUUGUGUGCAGCUGGGGGCAUCACACUCUUCCGUACGGUGAAUAUGCUCCACCCCAACUUAGACAUUGUGUCAGUGUUCAAGCUCUACGUCGCUGUAGCUCAUGCAACAGGCCUCGACGCGGAUGCGUAGCUUGGCUUCGCAAGGUGUUGCCGGAUAGAGCUUAUCUGCGCUGUCUUCAUGUCCUUACGAUGAAUCAGCGUGCGCGAGACGGAUAAUACUCGGCUUACU